AUGGCUGUCCUCGCCCAAGUCCUCGACAGCCCUUAUUUCAUCCAGGGCAUCGUUGUCGCCCUGCUCGCAGUCCUGGUGUCGAGCUUCUGGGAUGAUUUGAGCGAUGAGAUCCCUUAUCGCCGCGUCCCCUUGGUCGGCAAGAAUUGGUGGUCGGACUUGACGAACAAAAAGGCCAAGGCGCGUUUCUCGCAGAGUGCCCGCGCACUGAUCGCCGAGGGAUUCUCGCGGGGCCGCAAUGUCUUCCAGAUUAUGGGCUCAACGCGGCCGUUGAUUGUUCUGCACCCGCGCUACAUGGACGAGAUCAAGAGCCAUCCAAAUCUGGACUUUGAGGGCGCUAACCGCAAGAACUUCUUCGAAGACCGCAUCGCUGGGUUUGAGGCCUUUCACCAGAAGAACACGAGCAAACUGGUCACUGAUCUCGUUCGUAUCAAGCUGACCCAGGCACUGGGGUCCCUGACCAUCCCGCUCUCAAAGGAGACAGCUGCGACAGUGAAUGACACUUUCCCCCCAUCGGACGAGUGGAAGCCAUAUAACUUUGCCUACCAUGUCCCCUAUAUGGUAGCCCGCGUCUCCUCUCUGGUUUUUCUAGGCCAGAAGAUCUGCCGGGACAAGGAUUGGAUCAAUGUAUCCGUCAACUACACUAUCGAUGCCUUCAUCGCAGCCCGCGAGCUGCGCAUGUGGCCUUCGGUCCUCCGACCCCUAGUGCACUGGUUCCUGCCAUCGGCUCAGAAGCUCCGCCAGCAUCUGCGCGUGGCCCGGUUGAUCGUCAACCGGGAAGUCGAGCACCGUGCCAUGAUCCGGGAUGGCAAAUUGCCGCCCGAGGACCCGCCGCGCACGCAUGCUGACGCGCUGGACUGGAUGCGCGAGCUGUCCCUGACGUACGGCACGCCGAUAGAAGUGGGGCGCACGCAGGUCGGGUUGUCGCUGGCGGCCAUCCACACGACGUCCAACUUGCUCACGAAUAUCAUGUACGAUCUGGCCGCGUACCCGCAGUACAUCCAGCCGCUGCGCGAUGAGAUCUGUGCUGUGGCGGCCGAAGACGGCGAGUUCAAAAAGACCAGCCUGCUCAAGUUGAAAUUGAUGGAUAGCGUGAUGAAGGAAUCGCAGCGGGUGAACCCCGUCGGCAUGACCCUGUUGAACCGCCUCGCAACCGCCGACAUCCCCCUCUCUGACGGAACCGUGAUCCCCAAGGGCGCGACGGUCGCCGUGUCAACGCACGUCAUGGGCGAGGAGAGCAUCUACCCGCAAGCGAGCACGUACGACGGCUACCGAUUCUACCACAAGCGGCAGGAGCCAGGCAACGAGCAUCGGUUCCAGCUGGUGACGACGACGCGCGACCACUUCGCGUUUGGGCACGGCGUCCACGCCUGUCCUGGGCGGUUCUUUGCGGCGAACGAAUCGAAGAUCCUGCUGAUUCAUCUGCUGCUCAAGUUUGACUGGAAGUUUAAGGAGGACCGCGGGCGGCCAAAGAACUUCGAGAUUGGCACGGAGUCCAUCACGGACCCGACUGUGGAGCUGCUGUUCCGGUCGAGGACGCCGGAGAUUGAUCUCAAGUGUCUUGGGGGGGCAUGA